CUUCCAAGAGGGUCAUCAUUCUGUUCUCUUUUGUAAUGUUGAUGCUCAGUGCCUAGACCCUACCUUUGUUUUUCAGCUAUAAAAAUGAAGUUCUGAGACAGGCUCCUUCCCUCCAGCUCCUGUAACUACUGAUCUUUCUGUCUAUAUGGAUUUGCCAAUUCUGGACAUUUUUAUAAUGAGGAUGAACUUGGGGUUGACCUUCAGGGCGGCAACAGGCUGCUGGAAGAUGAACCUCAGCCAACAGUGCUCACGUGGACCCGUGGGGUUAUUUGUGCCCCCAAGUCCUCCCGUGGACCCCGAGAAGGUUAAAGAGCUACAACGCUUCAUCACGCUUUCCAGGAGAGUCCUGGUGAUGACAGGGGCAGGAAUCUCCACCGAGUCAGGGAUCCCAGACUACAGGUCUGAAAGGGUGGGACUUUAUGCCCGCACGGACCGGAGGCCCAUCCAGCACCGGGAUUUUGUGCGGAGUGCGGCAGUGCGCCAGCGAUACUGGGCGAGAAACUUUGUGGGCUGGCCUCAGUUCUCCUCUCAUCAGCCUAACCCCGCACACUGGGCCUUGAGCAACUGGGAGAGACGCGGAAAGCUGUACUGGUUGGUGACCCAAAACGUGGACGCCCUGCACACCAAGGCGGGGAGCCAGCGCCUGACAGAGCUCCACGGAUGCAUGCACAGGUGCAGGAAGGUCUGGACGGUGGUCCUCUGCUUGGACUGUGGUGAACAGACUCUGCGUGGGGUGCUGCAGGAGCGCUUUGCGGCCCUGAACCCCACCUGGAGUGCUGAGGCCCACGGCCUGGCUCCUGACGGCGACGUCUUUCUCACAGAGGAGCAGGUGCGGAGCUUUCAGGUCCCAUCCUGCGCUCGAUGUGGGGGCCGCCUGAAACCAGAUGUCGUUUUCUUCGGGGACACAGUGAACCGCGACAAGGUCGACUUUGUGCACAGGCGCGUCAAAGAGGCCGACUCCCUCUUGGUGGUGGGAUCAUCCUUGCAGGUGUACUCUGGUUACAGGUUUAUCCUCACUGCCCAGGAAGAGAAGUUACCAAUUGCAAUACUGAACAUUGGGCCCACUAGGUCGGACCACCUGGCAUGUCUAAAGCUGGAUUCUCGCUGUGGGGAGCUGCUGCCUCUGAUAGACCCACACUGACCACAGCCUGAGCCAGACGGUGGGACCUGCAUUCGCAUCCUGCUGCUGAAGAUCCCCAAGGAUUCAUCCUUCCUCCCUCUAACUAAUCCAAGUUCAGAGUGCAGCCUGUAGAGGGCAGCAAACCAACGUCUCUGCCAGCCGGUCUCCUAACCUGCAGUUUCAGAGCCAAAGAGUUGAGAUCUUCAGGCUGAUGAGAUUUGCCCCUGAAGAAAGACUUUUUCCAAGCAGCAGCUUCUCCUGAUAGGAAAACUGCUAAACUGCCUUCACUUCCUUUUUAUCUCAUCAGGCAGAAGAAAUGGCCCAAGAAAUAUGUAGGUCAGAAUGGUCUUCAGAGUAAUAACCCAGAGAUCGCACUGUGUGUGGAGGUGUGGACAGCGGGGAGUAAGGGGGGAGGAAAUGACUUAAUUUAUAAUUCUAAAUGGUUAGAUGCAUUUAGUGGAACCAUUUUGGUUUAUUUCCUGAAAAGAUGAACUAUGUUAUGAAUGAAUUUAUUAACCAAGGAAUAAAGGAAUCCUUUUAAAAA